UGGGGGGGAACAUGCCCCCAGACCCCCCUAGUUUGGCUGGGUCACAGGAAUUGUGGGACUGCUCAAAGUGGUUGUAAAUCUGCACCAAGGCGGAAUUUCGGGAAAGAGACUUAAGAUACAGUAUUAGGGGAUCAAUAAGGCCUAUAUAAAAGCAUACAAAAACAGCAUGUCAUGGUACCUUUAAAUAUUAGUACUUAAAUGAAGGAACUAACCAUCAUUUUAAAACUUAAAUGUACCAUUUGAGGUAUUCCUGCUCACUUAAAUGAAAUUAGAGGUACCUUAUCAAAUAAGUUACGUGAAAUCUAAGUGUAUGGAAAGGUCAUUCAUGGGCAUAACACUUAAUCUGGUUUUUAAUUGGUUUAGUGCAAACGCCAGUCAACACCAUCUGUUUCCCUUUGUGGGGUUUGACUGAGAAGGCCCUUUAGAAACUGUGUAGUUACCACACUACUGCUAUUACCUAUUCAUGCAGAAACUUUAUAGCAAAACAGUCAACAUGUGAGACCAGUAAUUGUAAGUCAACCACCUAUAUAUCAAACUGUUAUUUACAACACAAUACAGAAGUAGCAUAAAUAGUGCUAACAUACAGUCAAAUUAGGUCACCAAUUAGUUCUCCUUUGGUUUUCCCAAACAUAUAAUUAAUUCAGAAACAGUUUUAUUUCUCUUUUAAGUCUCAAUGAGGGCAAAUGUGGAUACUUACUAUCAUGUAUUGCAUCACAUGUCUUCAAGUGUCUACCUAAUGUACAGAAACAUGACAGUUAAGUUGAAAACAUGUAUUGUAUUCCCUCUCCAUUGUGUGAACAUAUUAUAGUCUACUGAUUCUCAUAAUUUCUCGAAGAAAGAUCAAGCCUGUCUCCUGGGGUUGUGUAUCCCUUGGCUUAACAGGUGCGCAUGCCUACUCCAUGUACUCGCCGAUGGUUAUUAAGAGCAGGGCUUUUUCCUCUCAGUCUAUUAACUUGUUGUGCUAAGAAGGACUGGAAAAGGACUAGACUGAAUUAGAGCAAACAUGAGUUUUGCUGUGGAGGAAAGGGGCAAGCCCAAUACACUGGACUAUCAAAUGUUUUUCAAAAAUUCAGAGGGGAAAUAUAUUUCACCAUUUCAUGACAUACCGAUUUAUGCAAAUGAAGCAGAGAAUAUCUUCCAUGCUGUUGUUGAGGUUCCAAGAUGGACAAAUGCAAAGAUGGAGAUUGCCACCAAGGACCCUUUAAAUCCUUUGAAACAAGAUAUUAAAAAGGGAAACCUUCGCUUUGUAUCUAAUGUGUUUCCACACAAAGGUUACAUUUGGAACUAUGGAGCAAUCCCACAAACAUGGGAAGACCCAGGCCACAAAGAUGGAGAUACAGGAUGCUGUGGCGACAAUGACCCCAUUGACAUCUGUGAUAUAGGAAAUAAGGUGUGCUGUCGAGGAGAGAUUAUUAAAGUGAAGGUGUUGGGGACCCUGGCUUUAAUAGAUGAGGGUGAAACAGACUGGAAAGUUAUCGUGAUCAAUGUUGAGGAUCCUGAGGCCAAUGACUUUAACUGUAUCGAUGAUAUAAGAAGACAUAAGCCUGGCUACCUGGAGGCAACAUUUGAUUGGUUUAAAAGAUAUAAAGUGCCAGAUGGAAAACCUGAGAACCAAUUUGCUUUCAACGGGGAGUUUAAAGACAGGGACUUUGCUAUUGACACAAUCAAAAGUACUCAUCAAUUUUGGAAGGCACUGAUCUCGCAAAAGACCAAUGCUGGAGAGUUAAACUGCAUGAACACCUGUGUCUCAGACAGUCCAUUCUGUGUCUCCAGUGGUGAUGCCAAGGCUGUAAUUGAUGCAGCAUGUGCUUAUGGAGAUGCAGAGCCUAUUCCAAGUUCAGCUGACAAGUGGUUCUACUACGAGAAGUAAGGACACGCAGAAUGUCGGGAUGAAGAUGAAACAGAUCUGGAUUGGAUAUUUCCCAUAAUAAUUCAAUAUACUUCAAAAUGAUAAGGCACACUUUCACUUUAGUGAGUUGUGACUGAUUGCAUAUUCAUUCUAGUACAUGUAGCAUGAUCAUUAUGAAAAACAUAAAUUCAGGCAGAAUAGCCUUUUCGAUAGCAAUUAGUGUAGUCACGCUAUAGCUAUUGCAAUUUAUUGUGGCUCUUGUAUACAUUUGGAAAUAGAUACUUAAAUUGUAAGUAUCCUAAAUAACCUUAAGUUGUAGUCUUUUUCUUUCUACUUCAGUAGUGAUUAUGAUUCAAGUUUUGCAAGAGCCAUGGGCAAGCUGUCUAUAUCCAAGGGCCUAAAUCAAAUGUAAUAAAGUUUCACUGAAAUUG